AUGCACGGAGCAGUCGUUAUUCUCUAUUUCCUCGUCUUUCUGCUUAAUAAAAUAGACGGGCAUGCGACAUACAAAGCGCAUCCAAAAGUUAUCGGUGGAGAAUCAGUCGGCAUCGCACAUCGUCCUUUUAUGCUCUCUUUACGCAGUUCGAGUAGAUUUUUGUGCGGUGCCAGUAUAUUAUCGAAGACAUGGGCCAUCACAGCUCUUCAUUGCUUAACGUCACGGCGAGCGAAAUAUUAUAUACGCGCUGGAUCCAAUAGAUGGAAUAGAGGCGGAUCUAUGCACAGGAUCAGAAACAUUCAUAUAUAUAAUGACUCGUACAUCAGUCCGUUUAUACCGUAUCAUGAUAUCGCACUUUUUGAAGUAAAACCACCGUUUCGCUUCUCGAAGACCAUUCAACCGAUCCAUCUACCAAAAUUAACCGAUGAGACACCGCGUGAACUCUUCGUAUGUGGUUGGGGAAAAACUGAUAUCGGAAAGGAGGCAAAACUAUCGGAAACUCUCAUGGGCGUUCACGUUCGACAUGUUCCUUUCGAAAUCUGCGUUAAUUCCACGGAUUAUACGCUCGUCCGAAACGUUCAUUUGUGCUAUGGAACUGAAGGUAAAGAUGCCUGUUUCGGAGACUCCGGAGCAGCGUUGGCCGAUACAAAAACAAUUUACGGUAUCGUGUCUUAUGGCGAGUCUUGCGGAAUAGUGCCUGGUGUAUAUGCCAAUGUAUCACAUUAUCUAAAGUGGAUUCAAAACGUCACGAAUUUAUGAUUCUACAUAUUUUCUCU